UGUGUGUGUGUGUGUGAGUGAGUGAGUGAGUGGGUGUGUGAGUGUGAGUGAGUGUGUGUGUGAGUAUGGGCAGGUGCCUCUCACCAGGUCUCCCAUCCUUUAUUCUUUAUCAACCUACUUGAUAAUAAUGAAACAAUGUCCUCUCUGAAGUCUAGGGUCCCUCCCAGCCUUUCCAGGUGUUGUGUGGUGGUCUAGAAUGUAGGGAUGAUCCCUGUGGGGCGACUGAAGGCUCAGCCACAGCUGUGGCAGAUAGAGAGAGAUGCCUCUCCAUGGCUGUGGAUGCUCCCUGGCCCUGGUUCUGCUGCUGCCUCGGGGCUCUGCCGGCUGGGUGCCAAUACAGCCCCCAUUGCCGCGCCACACCAUCACCACCCCUUCCUGCUCUCCCAUCACCACCCUCCUCCGUUGCUCCAAGCCGUCUCCAGCUGGCAGCUGUCCUGUGAUCCCUUCCUGCCUCUGGCCAGGAUACCGACACACACAGCAGCUAACCCUGGCAUCAGUCAGUUUCCCCUGCAGAACGUGCAGUGGGAGCUGCCAUCUCCACACCACGUGCUGAGAUUUCAGCCUUCGGCCAACCUGGAGCUGGUCCCUGUGUUUCCCCAUCUGCACCGCUCAGUGCUGCCUCCUCACUGUGGCAAAGGAUGGGUGGAGAAACAGGUCCCCGACUACAAGGCAUACUUGAACAACACUCUGGCUCUGGAGAACACCUGGCUUACUCCGGAGGAAAUAGGAAUCUUCCAGCGGCACGAAAAACCAUUGUUGAUGACAAAUCAAAUGGCAAUGAGCAUAUCUAGGCCAGCUACUGCCUCCAGGAGUCUCAACUCUCUCCUCAUGUCACCCAGACCUGCUGCCUCCAGGAGUCUCAACUCUCUCCUCAUGUCACCCAGACCUGCUGCCUCCAGGAGUCUCAACUCUCUCCUCAUGUCACCCAGACGUAUAUCAGGUUGUCCUGUGGCUAUCAAGAGAGUGGGCAGGAACAAGAGGAUCUCUCUGGCAGCUGCCGCCAUGACAGCCUUGGAAUCAGACCCCUCCAGACUCCAAGGACCUUCGCCCUCCUCCUGCUCUCCCUCGUUCAUCCAUCCCCUCCGCCUGUUCCAACUGUCACCUAUCAAGAUCCCCUUUCGCCUGUCUCCGCCUGGCCCAGGAUCCAGUGCCACCUGGGAGGGCCUAAUGGGACCCAUGCUGCCAGCCCAGUUUGCCCGGAUGACAUCACUGUCAGCGCCAGGUGUUGCUCUCAUGACCGGAGACUGGAGACCCCACUCAACAUCAGAUAAGCGGUUGUCCAGGAGAAGAGCGUCAUGCGCUACGACGUUGGUGCUGCAUACACUGCAGGAAACAACCCCGGAGAAACACACAGAGCAGGAGAUGGUAGAGGUCCCCAUGGAGGAAGAGGACGUUGACCCUAAAGACAAGCGUCCUGUAGCUUCCACCCCUGUUCCCGGAUCUCCAUGGUGUGUGGUGUGGACGGGGGACGACAGAGUAUUUUUCUUCAACCCAACGAUACAGCUCUCUGUUUGGGAUCAGCCGGUAGAUCUGAAGGACCGUGGAGAGGAUCUCAACAGGAUUAUAGAAGAUCCUCCACAUAAACGCAAAAAGGAUUCUUUGUCCACAGAGGAUGGUUCUAACUCUCCGUCUGCCGAUGACGAUGAUGCUGAUGAUGAAGAUGAACAUUAUUCAAAAACCAAGAGGAACAAACUGGAGGAACCUGCGGAUGGUAAUGAGGACCUGAGAGAGAGGGCAGGCGCAGAGACAUGUGACUCUCCCCCUCAUCGGACUGUUCUACCCAUAGGGCUCCGCAUCACACACUUCAGGGACAUGCUCCUUGAAAGAGGGGUUUCAGCGUUCUCCACAUGGGAGAAAGAACUGCACAAGAUCGUGUUUGAUCCACGGUAUCUUCUGCUAAACUCUGCAGAGGAGAGGAAACAGGUGUUUGAGCAGUUUGUCAAAGUGAGGAUGAAGGAAGAACACAAGGAGAAACAGAGCAAACUGCUGCAAGCAAAAGACCAGUAUAGAAAACUUCUAGAGGAGUCGAAAAUCACAUCCAGGUCAACUUUCAAAUACUUUUCUGUUAAGUACGGCCGUGACCAGCGCUUCAAGCAAGUGCUGAAGAAGAAAGACCAAGAGCACUUCUUCAACCAAUUCAUCAAUGGGUUAAAGAAGAGAGAUAAAGAGAACCGCAUGAGGCUGAGGAAGAUGAGAUGA